CCGUUGCGCAUGAUGGCAUUGAUAUUGUAUCAACAAGGGCGACGCAACGUUGGGUUCCAUUCAAUCGGAAUGAUUCAUCGUGGGAUUUCCCCUUCCUCGUUUUGGCGGUGUUCAUGUGAUCUUAAGAGCUCGCACGAGCCGCUCCUGAUCAAGAGGACAGCAGCGGCAGCGAGAACGGCCCGGUAGUGGGCGGUGGGAAACGUUUCUUAUUGGUUCCUACUGGUUCCCGCUUCCGACUUCCGGAGCCAACCCACUCCCGCUCGGGUCUUCGGCACGCCAUGCACUAUCCGAUGGCAUUACCCACUGAACGGCGCCUGGACGGAACGGUUACGGAGCCACCAGAAUACGUGUACGGGCACCCUUGGGCAUUGAACUCCCCGGCCCCUUGCACGGCGCCGUAGCGAGACCUUUCACGGCAGUGUAGUUGAAGGGCACGGACGCCGAAGACACGGCGGAGGCUACCUAGAGGUAGGUACAGGGCGGAGAGGCCAAGAAGGAACAAGUUCCAGAACUUUGACUCACCCCCCGGGCCGAACAUCUGGAUCCCCGUAACGAGAGAGCGGGACCUUGAGUCAAAACUUCCACUUUGUUAUCCCAUCGAGAGGUACGGUAGUACCUACCUACCCGGAACAUCACUGCACCCACGGCAACGGUACUUACAGUACAUAUCUGUACAUAUUAUCAUCACUCCCCGUCUCUAUAAGUCAAACCCCACUUUUUGAUCGCAGGACGACGCACAGCCAUCAUGUCUCUCACCAACGCAAGUCCCGCCGAUGCGGCUCGGGCGGCCAAGUCGGCCUCCCACGUGCUGGCCACGCUCUCGGCCGAGGCCCGCAACGACGCCCUGACGGCCAUCCACGCCGGCCUCACUGCCGCGCGCGACGAAAUUCUGGCCGCCAACGCCCGCGACCUUGAGCUGGCCCGCCAAGCCGCUGCCGACGGCAAGCUGAGCGCCAGCCUGGUGUCCCGCCUCGACCUGGGCAAGACGGGCAAGUGGGAGGACAUGCUCAAGGGCAUCUGGGACGUGCGCGACCUGGAGGACCCCGUCGGGCGCGUCACCCUUCGUACCAAGCUGGACGACGGCCUCGAGCUGGAGCGCGUCACCUGCCCGAUCGGCGUGCUGCUCAUCAUUUUCGAGGCUCGCCCGGAGGUGAUCGCCAACAUUGCCGCGCUGGCCGUCAAGUCCGGCAACGCGGCCAUCCUCAAGGGCGGCAAGGAGUCGACCGAGUCGUUUGUGGCCAUCAGCACCGCCAUCUCCAAUGCGCUCUCGCAAACCCAGGUACCCAACGACGCCAUCCAGCUCGUUACCACGCGCGAGUCCAUCCCCCAGCUGCUCGCCCUCGACCGCGACAUUGACCUCGUCAUCCCCCGCGGAUCCAAUGAGCUGGUCCGGUACAUCAAGGAGAACACCAAGAUCCCCGUCCUCGGCCACGCCGAUGGCCUCUGUUCCAUCUAUCUGGCCGCUUCUGCCGACGCCAAGCUGGCUGCUGACGUCGUCGUCGACGCCAAGACCAGCUACCCGGCCGCCUGCAACAGCGUCGAGACCCUACUUGUCCAAGAAUCCGCUCUCACCACCGUCUUCCCUGCCGUCGCCUCCGCCCUGGCCGCCAAGGGCGUUGAGCUGCGAUGCGACGCCGCCUCCAAGGCCGCCCUUUCCCCCGAAAUCACCACCAACAUCAAAGACGCCACUGCCAAGGACUACGAUACCGAAUUCCUCUCCCUCACCCUCGCAGUCAAGACCGUCCCCGACCUGUCAGCAGCCAUCGCCCACAUCAACACGCACGGCUCGCACCACACCGAAGCGAUCUUGACCGCGGACCAGGCCGAGGCCGAGCGCUUCAUGUCGGCCGUGGAUGCCUCGGGCGCGUACUGGAACGCGUCGACCCGGUUCGCGGACGGCAUGCGCUACGGCUUUGGUACUGAAGUCGGUAUUAGCACUAAUAAGAUCCACUCACGCGGUCCUGUGGGCUUGGAGGGGCUAAUGAUUUACAAGUAUAAGAUUAGGGGGCAGGGACACGUCAGUGCGGUUUAUGGAGAGGGAGAGGGGAAAAAGAGGUUUAAGCAUGAGAGGUUGGCGAUUUAAAGUUGGGUCGAACGCGUGGCAAUGGCUCGACUGUUUGUUCGUCUGUUUGUUUGUUUAUUCACUUGUCCACGGGGCUCAAAAGGUGCGAAAAAUCAUGGGUGGUUUAGAAAUUACGAGUCCAAGCUUUUCAUCCCCUCUUGUUUCUCUAUAUUUGGGGGGUUAGUAGAAAGACACUAUGGUUGAUCAACCAGUUUCCGUCGAACACAGCAGUAUAUUGGCUGGCACGAUGACUGCGUCAAGAUUCACCUUUUUCUGUAAAUCUGUUUAAUUGAUCGGCAAAGCACCCAUGCUGACAGUCCGAGGGACGAGCAAUACCGUGAGCAUGGCAAUUGACGUAUAGAGCUCUAGCCAAAGCCGCCACAGUUUCAAAGGCUUAUGACAGUGGCGCAUUAAAGGGUAUUUGACGAAAGAAGAUGACUGAGAAACAAUUUCUGAAGCAAAGGGUAUGUAUGUAUCUAUGGCACCGAUCAUAUCUAUAUGUAGAAGAGAAGCAAGCAUGGUAUAGAACAAACAGAAACAUGAUUGUAUUACUCCAUCUGUAUUGUUGUACAGAUCCCAAAGACACAGUCUCGCCCUUGACCUAGCCAGGCAAAAGGCAAAACAAGGGUGUAUGUGGAUAUAAGGUAGAAAAGUCAAAAAGAUAAAUGGAACGCACUCAUUUCGCAUCAGUUCGUUUCGCUGUCGUUUUGGUUGUGUCACCAUUGCUGCCCUCUUUUCCACCUCCUUUGUCUUGCUGCUUCAAAACCUUCAUAACAAGAGGGCAACCAGGCUUGGCUUGGCUGGUACUUGUAGUAGGUUUGGUCACACUUCCUCAGUGCCCCCGAUAACCUCCUGUACCACCGAAACCACCACCACCCAAGGUCCCGCUACCUCUCAGUCCCAUCCCCGACCCCGGCCGCGGCAACCCACUCACGCCAUUUGGUCCUGAUGUCGUAGCGCUCUGAGCCCUUCCAUGACCCGAGCCGCCACCGAGCCCGAUUCUGGUCCCCGCCGAGACCUUCAGCCCGAGACCACUUCCUCCAGGCGCCCUCAUGCUAGUUGGGCGUCCGACACCACCAGCCCGGAAUGCCCCCUCCAUACCCGAUGGAGGAGCGAUUCCGGAUGCUGACUGUGUCUUUAUGGGCGCACGUACGGCUCCCGGCCCACCUCCGAGACCGAGUCGUGGCUUUGCUCCAAUCUUGGAGGUCAUGCUCGCUGGCUGCGGCGCGUGAUGACCGCUGUCGCCGUUACUAGUAGCGCUGACAUCGCUUCCCCUACGGUCGGCACGUCCCCGGCCAUUGGAGGUCGAUAGGUGGGUAGGCGCAGGUGCGGGCGCGGGCGCGGGCGGUUCUUGUUGCAUGCUCAUCAUCUCCUCGGCGAGACGAACUAGUUCUCCCUUUUCAACUCUCUCCUGUUCCAAGAGUGCCCUGAGUUCAUCGUUAUCGUCCUUGACUGUUUGGAGAAUAGCCACGAGCUUCUCCACCUCGGCCUCGAACUCCCUGAUUUGCACGGCAUUCCGCGCCCGAUCGGCCUUGCGCUCCUCCUCCAGCUCAGUAAGCCGCGCCGGGUUAAGGGUCGCCAACGCCGUCUUAUCUUGGUCCCUCUGCUUUCGCAACUCCUCGUUCUCCCGGCUAAGCUCGUCCACCUGCGUCUGCAAGUCGCGCACCUUCUUCUCCCAGCGACUCUCGUAACUCUUCUUGAGCGCCGCCACCUUGGUUUCAUGCUUGCUCUUGUACAGCGCAUGAAGCUCACGAGCCACGCGUUCCACCGCCAUCUCCACCUCUUUGUUGGAUGAUGGCUGUCCCCUUGCCUUGUCAGGCGACUCGUGAGCAGCGGCCUCCGCGCUGGCCUUACCAGCACGCAUGCCAGCCAUCUUGCUCUCGGCAUCCUGGGCCAUCAUCUCGGCCGCCUCCCGACGCUUCUCGGCCUCGUCCAGCUUGAACUCGAGCUCCUCCCUCUCGCGCCGACCGAGCACAAUCUCCUCCUUGACCUGCCGCAACACGACCUCCAUUUCUCGCCCCCGUCGCUCCCAGGUAUUUUUCUCGGCCUCUAGUGACUCAUGCAUGCUCUCCACCUCGUGAAGCCGUUCCAUGCACUCGCCGACCCGCUUCUCGGCGUCGCUCACAGCGGUUUUUAGCGACGUGACUUCUGCUUCCUUGCCGCUCAGCGAGGCCUUGAGGCUGCUGAUCUCGGAAAGGAAGCCCGAUUUCAGGGUUUCGAGUUCGCGCGGGGUAAUAGUUGGGACGCUACGCGGUGUCGGCAUCGGUGGGAUGUCGAAAUCGAGAAUAUUGGAAAGAUUGCUGCCCGGGCGUUGGGGUGUCGUGGUGGCAAGGUCAGUGCUACCAGGCCGCGGCGAUGCGAACUGGGUACGGCGUGUGGGCGACGCCUGUGGUGCUCCAUAGCCUCCAUAUCGUGACGAAUCCGUAAAGUCUAGCAGGUUUGAGGCGUUGCCCGAGUCGAAGUCUCUCUUCUUCCCGGUCGUUGUUUUAUUGUCCGGCACCAGGCCGUUUACGCGCGGUGUCUGUUUUGCAGGCGACACCCCUCCACCAAGCACCGAGAACCUGCUUGCGCUCUCGGAUCGCAUAUGUGAAAACUUGGUGAGGUCUGGGACAGCCGAAAAUGUGCUGAAUGUGCUAACAAUGGUAUCGUUCCCUUCGCAGACUGAUUCUUCGCGUGUCGCCUGUUCAUGUUCGCUGCCCGUGCUAUUGCCUGACGUAUUUUGUAGCAGCGUGUCCUUAGAACCACUGUCUCCCUCGAUGCCGGUCAUGUCAACAUCGUCGUCCUCGAAUAUGUCGAUGGCUUGUUUGAUGCCUCCGUUUUCACGUAUCACGUCCUGCAGGCUUAUCCGACGAUCUUGCGAGUCUCGUGACGAGGAGCGCGUCGUCUCGCUGCCAGGCAAUGAAGGGUUGACCUUGACGGGGAAACGCUUGAUGGGUGUUUUGCGGGCGCUUUGGGGAAGCGGGGGCGGGGCCAUACUCUUUGCCACGGGCGAUAGAGGGGAGUCGGCGCUUUCCGGCAAUGGCUGCGGUUGCGCCUGGUGCUGGAGAAUCUUGAGAGGGGAGAGCUCGUUGCCAGAGAUGAUGCGCGACAUGGGGCGGGCAGAUUUCGGCGGCGAGGGAUCACGACCGAUGGGCGGCGAUGUCGUGUUGUCAGCUUCGCUGCUCUUGCUGUUGUCGGCGUUGUCGCCCGCGGUAGUUUGCUGUGUAUUGUUUCUCCUCGAAGGAGCGUCAUCUAGAUCCAUAUCCAUGAUGUCGGAGAUUUCUUGUCGACGGUUGCUAAUAGGGGUUGAAAGAUUGAGAGGAACAGAAGUCGGCGUCGGCGAAAGCGGCCCAAGCAUCCUAAUCUGCGUCGUCGGAGCCGC